GCGUGGCCAGGCGCUAGGGCCCCGCGGACGCCGGCGCCGUCGCCUGAGUGCCGUGCUUGGCCGGCCGGCGGCGCUCGGCUCCUCGCCGCUCAGGCAGCUGGGCGGCCACUCUGUUUUGAGGUCCUCGCCGCCCUUCCACGUCUCCCGGAAGAGGUAGCCGGCAGGUCCGGGAGCAACCCGCUGUGGAGGCGGCCCGGGUGGGCGACGAGGCCGUUGCGUUGUCGCUCGGCGUCCUCAGGUUCAUCAGUAGGACUACCCUGCUACCGUCAUGUCUUGGUUUGCUGAUCUUGCUGGAAGGGCAGAAGAUCUUUUAAACCGAGUUGAUCAAGGGGCUGCAACAGCUCUCAGAAAGGAGAAUACCAGCAACACCUAUUAUAGCAAAAAUAAUGACUAUCCUGAACUUCACCAGCAAAGCACAGAUCCAACAUACCAGACUGGACCUAAAGCUAACUAUAUUUCCUCAGCUGCUGAUAACAUCAGACUUCAAAAAGCCACUGUCCUAGCUGGCACAUCAAAUGUGAAAGUGGGGUCCAGGACAGCUGGGGAGGCCUCCCAUGCCACUGAACAUGCAUCUGUCCCUAGGCCUUCAUCACAGUUUGUCCGAAGGAAAAAGUCAGAGCCUGAUGAUGAGCUGCUAUUUGAUUUUCUUAACAGUUCCCAGAAGGAGCCCACUGGGAGAGUGGAAAUUAAGAAAGAGAAGGGCAAAGUACCAGUCUAUCCAAGCUCUCAGUCCUCAAGUGUCAGUUCUGUGAACACCGGUGUAACUACCAUCCAGGCCACGGAAGAAAGUCCUGGGAGCCAAAGUCCUGAAGUGAAUAGUUCUGAGUCUGUGCCUGAAGGCCACCAGGAAUCCUCGAAGGAAAGCAUGGCAUCCAAUGCCAGCAGUGAGGAGCACAGCACAGAGCACAGCACGGAGCAUAGCCAGGCACCUAGUGACGGUAGCAGGUCACAUGAACUGUCUAAUCUCCGCCUGGAGAAUCAGCUGCUCAGAAAUGAAGUCCAGUCUCUAAACCAGGAAAUGGCCUCAUUACUUCAGAGAUCCAAAGAAACUCAAGAAGAAUUAAAUAAGGCAAGAGCAAGAGUUGAAAAAUGGAAUGUUGACCAUUCAAAGAGUGAUCGAAUAACUCGUGAACUACGAGCCCAAGUUGAUGACCUUACAGAAGCAGUGGCUGCAAAGGAUUCCCAGCUGGCUGUCCUCAAAGUGCGGCUGCAGGAGGCUGACCAGAUGCUGAGUUCCCGCACCGAAGCACUGGAAGCCUUACAGAGUGAAAAGUCACGAAUAAUGCAAGAUCACAAUGAAGGCAGUAGCCUACAGAAUCAAGCUCUGCAAACACUUCAAGAGAGGCUGCAUGAAUCGGAUGCCACUCUGAAGAGAGAGCAGGAUAGCUACAGACAAAUGCAGAGUGAGUUUGCUGCACGCCUUAAUAAAAUGGAAGUGGAGCGCCAGAAUUUGGCGGAAGCAGUUACCCUGGCAGAAAGAAAGUACUCGGAGGAGAAGAAGAAGGUUGAUGAGCUCCAGCAGCAAGUCAAGCUACACAGGUCGAGCUUGGAGUCUUCUAAGCAGGAGUUAAUUGACUACAAGCAGAAAGCUACACGGAUACUCCAGUCUAAAGAAAAAUUGAUAAACAGCUUAAAGGAAGGCUCGAGUUUUGAAGGCCUAGAUAGCAGUACUGCCGGCAGCAUGGAGCUAGAAGAACUUCGGCAUGAGAAGGAGAUGCAAAAGGAGGAGAUCCAGAAGCUGAUGGGCCAGAUACAUCAGCUGAGAUCCGAGCUACAGGAUAUGGAGGCUCAGCAGGUUAGUGAAGCAGAAUCAGCAAGAGAACAGUUACAAGAUCUGCAAGACCAGAUAUCUAGGCAGAAAGCAUCUAAACAAGAGCUGGAGACGGAGCUGGACCGGAUGAAGCAGGAAUGCCAUUACAUGGAAGAAGAUCUGCAUAGAACAAAGAACACACUGCAAAGCAGAAUUAAAGAUCGAGAGGAAGAAAUUCAGAAACUAAGGAAUCAGCUCACCAACAAAACUUUAAGCAACAGCAGCCAGUCGGAGCUAGAGAGCCGACUCCAUCAGCUGACGGAGACACUCAUCCAGAAGCAGACCAUGCUAGAGAGCCUCAGCACAGAAAAGAACUCCUUGGUCUUCCAGCUAGAGCGCCUGGAGCAGCAAGUGCACUCUGCCUCCACCGGGCCCAGCAGCGGGUCCUCCAUUAACAUGUCUGGGAUUGACAGUGGUGAAGGGACACGCCUGCGAAAUGUUCCUGUUCUUUUUAAUGACACAGAAACUAAUCUGGCAGGAAUGUAUGGAAAGGUUCGCAAGGCUGCUAGCUCCAUUGACCAAUUUAGUAUUCGCCUGGGAAUUUUUCUCCGAAGAUACCCCAUAGCAAGAGUGUUUGUAAUUAUCUAUAUGAAAUGCACCAUGACCAACCGUAUGGCAAGUGAAGUGAGCCGCUGGUUCCCAGGAGUGCCUGCCAUUGUCCAGAGCUGGGAUCUGAGGGAAGACAAGCACCUAAGACUGCUCGGAACAGUGCACAAGAUGCUUCACCCGGGAAGCUUUUAAUCUUUAAGUUAUUCUCUGGUGUCUGACUCUCCCUGAUUUCCAUGAGUCUCUAAAUGCAGACAGUAAUUUGACAAAUUCGACUCUGCUUUUUCUGGUACAGUUGUCCUAGAUAUGGAGAGAGGGAGAGAGGAGACCGACCUGGGGGUUGUUGCUCUGUAUAGACCUUUCUAUAUUUUAGGUGACACAGAUUAUGGGUUAUAAUCAGGGAAACUAAUUGUAUUUAGGGAUAAAAAUAAAGAUUUCUUUUUUAAUAA